AUGUCUGACAAGCUCACCCGUAUCGCCAUCGUCUCGGACGACAAGUGCAAGCCCAAGAAAUGUCGCCAGGAAUGCAAGCGCUCGUGCCCAGUCGUCAAGAUGGGCAAGCUCUGUAUCGAGGUCACCCCCAACGACAAGAAGGCCUUCAUCUCCGAGGAGCUCUGCAUCGGUUGUGGUAUCUGUGUCAAGAAGUGCCCCUUUGAGGCCAUCCAGAUUCUCAACCUCCCCACCAACCUCGAGUCGCACGUCACCCACCGUUACGCCGCCAACGCGUUCAAGCUCCACCGUCUCCCCACCCCCCGUCCCGGCCAGGUCCUCGGUCUCGUCGGCACCAACGGUAUCGGCAAGUCGACGGCGCUCAAGGUGCUCAGCGGCAAGCUCAAGCCCAACCUCGGCCGCUACGACGACCCUCCCGAGUGGACCGAGAUCAUCAAGUACUUCCGUGGCUCUGACCUCCAGAACUUCUUCACCAAGGUGCUCGAGGACGACAUCAAGGCCGUCACCAAGCCCCAGUACGUCGACCAGAUCCCCCGCUCCAUCAAGGUCCCCCACAUGACCGUCGGCAAGAUGUUCGACCGCCAGACCGAGCUCGACAACCGCAAGCAGCUCGAGGAGGACCUCGAGCUCGCCAAGCUCCAGGACCGUGAGGUCGGCCAGCUCUCGGGCGGAGAGCUCCAGCGUUUCGCCAUUGCCAUCGCCUCGGUCCGCAAGGCCGACAUCUACAUGUUCGACGAGCCCUCGUCGUACCUGGAUAUCCGCCAGCGUCUCGCCGCCGCCCGUGUCAUCCGUGGCCUCGUUACCCCCACCAACUACGUCGUCGUUGUCGAGCACGACUUGUCGACCCUUGACUACCUCUCCGACUUUAUCUGUGUCUUCUACGGUGUCCCCGGUACCUACGGUGUCGUCACCAUGCCCUACUCGGUCCGUGAGGGUAUCAACAUCUUCCUCGACGGCAUGAUCCCCACCGAGAACAUGCGUUUCCGUGAGGAGUCGCUCACUUUCCGCAUCGCCGAGACUGUCGACGAGAACGCCGCUGCUCCCAACCUCCAGUCGUACACCUACCCCGCCAUGACCAAGACGCUCGGCAACUUCAAGCUCCACGUCGCCGAGGGUGACUUUGCCGACUCUGAGAUCAUUGUCCUUCUUGGUGAGAACGGUAUGGGCAAGACUACCCUCGUCCAGCUGCUCGGUGGCAAGCUCCAGCCCGACAACGAGCGUGACGCUCCCCAGUUCCGCGUCUCGAUGAAGCCCCAGACCAUCUCGCCCAAGUUCCCCGGCUCGGUUCGCAUGCUGCUCCUCAAGCGUAUCAAGUCAAUGUUCAUGCACCCCCAGUUCAACACCGACGUCCUCAAGCCCAUGCAGCUCGAGCACAUCAUGGACCAGGACGUCCAGACCCUGUCCGGUGGUGAGCUGCAGCGUGUCGCCAUCUGUCUCGUGCUCGGUGUCCCCGCCGACGUCCUCCUUAUCGACGAGCCCUCUGCCUACCUCGACUCGGAGCAGCGUAUCCACGCGUCCAAGGUCAUCAAGAAGUUUGUCAUGUCGUCGAAGCGCACCGCGUUCAUUGUCGAGCACGAUUUCAUCAUGGCCACCUACCUCGCCGACCGCGUCAUUGUGUUUGACGGAACACCCGCCAUUGAGGCCUGGGCCGGCAAGCCCGAGGGUCUGUUGACUGGUAUGAACAAGUUCUUGAAGAGCUUGGACAUCACCUUCCGUCGUGACCCUACAAACUACCGCCCGCGUAUCAACAAGAUGAACUCGGUCCUCGACAAGGAGCAGAAGUCGUCGGGAUCGUACUUCUUCGUUGACCAGGACUGA